UGUUAUUUGCAGCUCUCACUAUAGAAAGGAAGUUAGGUUGUUUAUUUUCUUCCUUUGUAAUCUAUAUCUCAAGCUACUCGAUGAUUACUUCGUCAAUUCGGACUUCCGAAAUCGAUCCUGGAAAAUAGAAUCUAGGGUUUCGAUUCUAGUGUCAUCUCCUUCUCCUUCUCAUCGCAGAUUUUCGAAUUCGAUCAAGUCAAAUCGGCACCUGUACUCGUUUACUUUCCUUCUCCUUCGCUCCGCACUCUCUCAUUUCAGAUCGCAGCCUGUGCCGGUCCUUCAUGGGCAGGGCCGUCGCCUCGUCCAAAUCCAAGAAGAACUCUGAGGAGGAUCGGCGGAAGCGGAAGAAUCCCAAAUCCCGAAAGAACCGCCGUGCUUCCUUCUCGUCAUCCUCCUAUUCCUCUGACGCCGAUGAUGUCUCCCGGGGUCGACGAAGGUCCCGACGGAAACCCGAGAAAAGACGGGGCAGAGAUCCGAAGCGAUCUUUGAAGAGGAAGAGCCGCAAAGCUCGCCGCCGAAGUGUCAGUGCAGCGAGCAGGGAUUCUAGCUCCAGCUGCUCGACUUGCCGUAGCCGGAGCAGCGGUUCGUUGAAUAGAUCGAGAAGUCCUGCGCGGGGGCGAGAUGACAGGAGAGAUAAGUUGAAGAAGAAAGUUAAGCGAGGUAGGAAGCUGGAUAGGGUUGUUAGGAGUUUGAGAAGUAGGAAUCGGUCUCUCAGUUGUUCUACUUGUAGCGGAAGUAGAGAACCUAGUCAGACACCUGGUCACAGAGAGGCAAAAAAUAAGGAGAGGGAUGGUUCUAGGCAGAUGGGAUCGUCUUCUGUUGUUGAAUCACGAGGGGAAGAGGAGGAGAGGUAUGGGAUUGGGGGCAGGGAGAUAGGAAAUGUGAUGGUCAUGGCAAAUUAUGAUGAUUCGCAGCUUCCUAGAACAAAUGUUGGGCGCAAUGUGGAUAGCGUAGAGGAAGAUAGGGUGAUGGAUGAGGGUUCUUAUGAACAAGGAGCUGAGAUAGAUAGGUGGAUGAGUGAAGGUAAUGUUGAGAAUGAAUCUUAUUUUGAUCAGUUUGAAGACAAUGCAACACAGGCAUCUGAGCACUAUAAAGAGCCGGAACCUAAUACAAAGCUUUCAAGUUGGAUAAGGAGUGAGAUUGUUGCUACUGAUAACCAUGAUUCUGACUCCGAUGAUUUGGAGUUAAUGCUCAGGCAGAAGGCUUUAGAGAAUUUGAAGAAGCUCCGUCGCGGUCCCUCAUCAGACAACAGAAGUACUGAAGAUAGGAAAAAUGAGAUAGCUGGAGUUGAAUCUUCAGAAAAACAAUGUGAAACUGCAAAAAAAAUAAUUUCUUCACCAAAAUCCCGCUCCAUUGUUUUUAAUGAGAGACGCGUUCAAUUGGGGGUUCCCUCACAUGACUCCAAGGUGAAUCCUGUCAUACAACUGCCAUCUCUGGAGGCUAAUACAUCUGAUAAAAAGAUGCUAUUUAGUCGUUUGGAUCAGAGUAGAAACUCCAAACAGUUGGAAAGUAGCACAAGCGGCCAAAGCACUUCAAAUCUGCUGAACAACAUGGAAGAUUCUCCUGAGAAGAUGUCACAUAAGCAGUCUCCAUGUAGAGUUUCUCAGGAAAAGAAUACUACUGAAGGAUGUGGAAGUGGUAAUAGCCUUAAGUCUGAGGUAAAUUUAGGUGAUGGGAAAGAAAAAAUCCGUGAAAACAAUGAAACUGUUGAUGAAUGUCAAAGUGGAUCUCAAUUUGAGCAGAAAACUUUUUCUAGAAUGCAUGAUGGAGAAAUGGUUCAGGUAAGUUACAAGGUCUACAUACCAAAGAAAGCCCCAGCUUUGGCUCGGAGGAAAUUGCAGCGGUGAAAGAUAUUCAGUCGUAAUAGCGCUUUGAGCUCUUAAAUAAUCUGAGGAGAUGUAAUUAUUCUGGGAAAACUAAGUUGAUGGCCUCGCCAUUAAGCGGAUCAAUGGCAUUUGGCUCUGUUGCUCCAGCAAGAGAGCCAAAGGAGAUGGAGUCAUGACUGAGGCCUGAAAUCAAAGAAUGAGAGGAAGGACAAAGGUAAAUGUAAUUGAUCAUUCUUCUCAUAGUGUUUGGCUGCAUUAUAGAGCAUAGUGGUUGGGGAGGGAAAGAUGUUAAACUGAAAUAUUUCAAAUACAAUAUUUUAGGCAGUUGUUUAUUUAUUUAUUUUAAUCAAAUUUGAUCUGCAUUUUGCUUUA